CCACUGCGUGGCAAUGGGGGCGGUGCCAGAGGGGGGAGGACGGCCCUACACCGCCCCAUAGAUCCCACAGACCCCCGGUGUGCAGCUCCAGGCACCAUUGGGGCCGAGAUGGAGCGCAGCGCCUGAGCCGGACGGGGACGAGCCAUGGAGACGGUGGUCAUCGUGGCCAUCGGGGUUUUGGCCACCAUCUUCCUGGCGUCCUUCGUGGCCCUGGUGGUGGUGUGCAGACAGCGCUACUGCCGCCCCAAAGACCUCCUGCACCCCUAUGACACCAAACCCAUCGUGGACCUCAUCGGGGCCAUGGAGACGCAGUCGGAGCCCUCGGAGCUGGAGCUGGACGACGUGGUCAUCACCAACCCGCACAUCGAGGCCAUCCUGGAGAACGAGGACUGGAUCGAGGACGCCUCGGGCCUGGUGUCACACUGCAUUGCCAUCCUGAAGUGUCCCUGUAGUUGGUGUCCCCAACGUUCCCAUGAUUGCUGUUCCCAUUGUUCCCCUGGUUGGUGUCCCCAUGGUCCCAAUCUCCCCGUUGUUGGUGUCCCCAAAGUCUCCACGGUCCCAAAGUCCCCACGGUUGGUGUCCACCAUAUUCCCAUGAUCCCAGUGUCCCUAUUGUUGGUGUCCCCAUUGUUCCCCUGGUUGGUGUCCCCAGUUUCCCCUCAGUUGGCAUCUCCAAUGUCCCCAUGGUCUCAAUGUCCCCGUGAUCCCAGUGACCCAAUUGUUGGUGUCCCCAAUGUCCCUAUUGUUGGCGUCUGAUAUGUUUCCAUGAUCCUAAUGUCCCCAUGACCCCAAUGUCCCAUGAUCCCAGUGUCCCAACGUCCCUGUUGUUGAUGUCCCCAGUAUCCCCAUGGUUUCAGUGUCCCCGCGGUCCCAACGUCCCCAUGGUUGGCGUCCCCGGUGUCUCCAUGGUCUCAAUGUCCUUGUGGUCCCCGUGUCGCUAUUGUUGGUGUCCCUAUUGUCCCUGUGGUUGGUGUCCCCAGUGUCUCCACGGUCCCAAAGUCACCACGGUUUGGUGUCCCCAUUCUUGGUGCCCCCACGUUUGGUGUCCCCCCUGUCCCCACCGUCC